AUGUGGAUCAUCGACAAAAUCUACGACGCCCUAGUCUACAUCGGCCUCCUGCAAAAACGAGCCAAGAUCCUCUUCCUCGGGCUCGACGAAGCCGGAAAAUCGACCUUACUCCUACGCAUCAUAACCAACGACCUGUACUUCACAGGCCCAACAGAAGACCCGACAUCAACCGAGCUGCUCAUCGGCAACAACCUGCGCUGCACCACGUUCGACCUGAGCGGCGCCCAGGAAUCCCGACACCGCUGGCGCGACUUCUUCGCGGGCGCGGGGGGCGUCGUGUUCGUCGUCGACGCGCGGGAGACGGAGCGCCUCGACGAGGCUAGGCGCGAGUUGCAGGGCCUGCUCGCCGCGGACGAGCUGCGCGACGUGCCGUUCCUGGUCCUGGGGAACAAGAUCGACAUUCCCUUUUCGGUCUCCGAGACCGAGCUGCGCGGGCGGCUCGGCGUCGGCCGCGGGACGCGCAGGCAGCCUCUCGAGGUGUUCAUGUGCUCCGCGGUCCAGAAGCUGGGGUACGGGAUCGGACUGCGCUGGCUUGCGCAGCAUGUACUUGGAAGGAGAGAUCCAAUGUAG